AUGCGCAUUUUCUCCGCCUUGAACGGCCUCCUGCUUGCAGGAGCCGCCGUGGCUCAGAGCUCCUCGAGCUGCUCUCUUCAGUCAAACGAAACCCAAGCCGUUAACUACGGCUACGCGCUCUCGUUCUUCCUCGACCGCUUCUAUUCGUCGAUUCCGGUCAACCAGACCUUCUUGAGCAGCUCCCAGAAUGGCUCCAACUCGCAGUACUUCACCAACUUCCAGGGCAUCCAGAGACAGAAUCGCCUGGGCGUGCGUGCUGUGCAACAACUUGGCUCGAAGCUGUCUGGCUGGACCCCUCAGAAUUGCAGCUUCACCUUCCCAAGUGCCAGUGACGCCGACACCUUCGUGCAGACUGCGCUCCAGUUGGAGUCUACAGUUGCCGGGGCGUACAUUGCCCUGGCUGGUUAUACCCAGGCCCCCGAGGCUUCGUUCUUGUGGGCCCGUUUGGCUGCUGAGCACACUGCUCACGCCUACUAUAUCGCGAGUCAAAACCAGACCGUUCUUUUCCCGACCAACAGCUCUUCGCUGGUGCCUGCAUACAGCCCGGGUUACGUUCUAUCCAACGGAACUGCUCCCGGUCAGCUUGGCUCAUACUUCCAAGGCUGCGUCACUGCUCCUCCGGUCCCGUGCGGCCAGACCCUGUUCAUCGGACCUCUUACUGCCACUCUUGGUGCGAACGUCUCCGCAAGCGCAGCUGCUUCAAGCUCGGCCUCACUUCGUGGCAAUAAGACCGCUGAUGCUAUGCUAGGUUGUGAGUUCAUAAAUUCGCAUAGUCGGUACACCUCCGGAAGCGUCGAACGCCGCCCGGUCUCUGAGGAAAACAACGCCGCGAGAGACAUUGCCGGUCCUAAUGACGUAGAUUACUAG